AUGAAGGCCAUGCCCUUUCCUUUUGAGGAGUUUCAAGGGAAGGCAGUGUUGGAUUUCUCUUCAGUCUCAGAUUCAUUUUCACUGCUUUUGCAUCAUCCACAACCAAAGUGGACCAUAGACAAAGACGAUUAUUGCUAUGUGGGCAGCACUGAGCCCACCUCAGUUCUUGACUCCAGAAGAAGCCCGAACUCUUCCACCAUGUCCACUUCCCAUGGCAGUAGCAACACCAUCAGUAAGGGUGGCAGUGGUGCCUCAACCAAUAACACCACUUGUUACACUGCAACCCUUUCUCAGAACCCUCCUCACGCAUUGGAAACCAGCACAGAAAAAUGUGGUGAGAGAAUGGAGGACUGGGAGGGUCAAGAUCAAUCCAUUCUGAGACUAAUCAUGUCAGAUGUUGACCCUUCUCCAGGGUUGAGCAAGCUCUUCCAGGGCAGUGGCUGUGGCUCUCAACAAAGUGUUGAUUUCAAUGCAGGUUUUGGUGUUGUUGAUCAAGGGUUGAACAUGGUAAGUAUUGUUGACCCUUCAGGGAAUUACCCUGGUUUCCCUUUUAUUGCUGAGAAUAUAGAUGGCCAUAAUGGUAAGACUGGUACUUUGUCUGUCGGAGAACCAAUGUUUUCUGCUUCUGGUAACAAUUCUUUGGUGUUUUCAACAUCUCCUGGUGGGUUUAAUUCUCAGCAACAAGUGAUUGGGGAGGUGGAUGAGAAGCCUCAAGUCAUCAAUCCCCAGUUUGAGUUAAACCAGACUCAAGUUCAAUUCUCUGAGAACCCAUCUUACUUUGUGCCAAUGAUGUGCCCCCAAUUGCAGGAACAGCAAGUUUUCACUCAGCAUCCAGCAAAACGCCCCGUUUUUGAGCCUGUUGGGCACAAUUACCAGGCUCCAAGGUUGCCCCUUUUGGAUUCAGGGCAAGAGGUGUUUGGUAGGAGGCAGCAAACACAGCUUCCAUUGUUUCCUCAUCAUGUGCAACCGCAGGUUUUGCCAUCUGCUAAACCGCAGAAGGCGAGUUCCACCGGAGAAGAUGCAAGCCACCAGCUUCAGCAGGCUAUAUUUGAUCAGUUAUUCAAAACUGCUGAGCUGAUAGAAGCUGGGAAUCCGGUUCAUGCGCAAGGGAUAUUGGCGCGGCUCAAUCACCAGCUCUCCCCUAUUGGUAAGCCUUUUCAGAGGGCUGCUUUCUACAUGAAGGAGGCCUUGAUGUCACUGCUUCAUUCAAAUGCUCACAAUGUCUUGGCUUUCUCCCCCAUUAGUUCCAUUUUCAAAAUUGAAGCAUACAAGUCCUUUUCUGAGAUAUCACCUGUUAUUCAGUUUGCCAACUUCACUACUAAUCAAGCAAUCAUUGAAGCUGUGGAAAGGUUUGAUCGUAUUCACAUUAUCGAUUUUGAUAUCGGGUUUGGAGUGCAAUGGUCUUCUUUUAUGCAAGCGCUUGCCAUGAGGAGUAAUGGUGUGCCUUCCCUCAAAAUCACUGCCAUUGUGUCACCCUUCACUUUUGAUGAGUUUGAGCUUAAUGUGACUCAUGAAAAGUUAAACCAAUAUGCUGAAGACAUAAACAUGUCUUUUGAGCUCAAUGUUUUAAGCAUUGAGUCAUUGAACACUCCUUCAUGUCCACUCUCUGCUCAGUAUUAUGAUAAUGAGGCAAUUGCUGUGAACAUGCCACUUUCUUGUUUCACAAACUGCCCAUCAUUGUUUCCCUUAGUCCUUCGCAUUGUGAAGCAGCUUAGGCCAAAAGUGGUGGCCACUCUUGAUAGAAAUUGUGACCGACUCGAUGUACCAUUUUCCACCAAUAUAGGCCAUGCUCUUCAUUGUUACUCAGCCUUGCUUGAAUCUCUUGAUGCUCUGAAUGUGAACCUAGAUGUCCUUCAAAAGAUUGAAAAGCAUUUCAUCUUGCCAGCCCUUAAGAAGAUGAUAACAAGUCCCCUUCGUUCACAAGAAAAACUACCUACUUGGAGGAGCAUGUUUCUUCAAUAUGGCUUCUCUCCAUUCACAUUUAGUAACAUCACAGAAGCUCAAGCUGAGUGUUUAGUACAGAAGGCACCUGUAAGGGGAUUUCAAUUGGAGAGAAAGCACUCAUCUCUUGUUCUAUGCUGGCAGAGGAAAGAACUUGUCACAGUUUCAACUUGGAAAUGCUGA